UGAACGUGAUAGGCAGUGGGAUUUAAUUUCAUCGUGUAGAUUAAUCUUUCAUUGGGAAUGACUUAUAAACGUAAAAAAUAUCACAGAGGGGACACACAUUUAAAAAAAGGUUGGCGAACUAAAAGAAGAACGAAAGAUUUGGACGAGAUCGAUGAAGAUUUGAAUGACAAAAAUGUAGAAAGACUAUUAAAUCAGAAAGUAGACUUGGAUAAACCCGGGGCAGGCCAAUACUACUGUAUUCAUUGCGCGAGAUACUUUAUAAAUGAUAUCGCCUUGAACGAUCAUUUUACAACGAAAGUUCAUAAACGAAGACUGAAAGCUCUUGAGCUGGAACCGUAUUCCAUCGAGGAAUCGGAAAGGGCAGCUGGCAAAGGAAGUUAUAUCGCUCCACAAAAGAGAAAAAUUGAGACGAUAAGUCGUGACAGUUGCAAAAUGGACGUUCAGUCGGACAUUCCGCCAAAAAUUAAAAUAGCAAAAGUGGAUGCAUAG